AUGGCUGAAGUCGGUGCUGCGAGCUCGAAAUGUGACAGCGGUGAAAAACCGCUGUCAUUUACCUUACACAGGAUUGUGGAAGUAUUUAAUGCCCCUCUAAAUGAAGAACAAGCUUGGGCCGUCUGUUAUCAGUGUGUGAAACGAUUUAAGACCGUCUGGUCGGAUAAAUAUCAACAAUGUUAUUGCUUCGCAAAUUUGGAUUCUGUCAAACUUUUCCAAGAUGGCUCGGUUGAGAUUCUGGCUCCACCUUUUCCGAAAUCUGCGGAUAAGGCAAACAAACCAGGAGACCUGAUUGAAUCAUUGGGGCUGGUGAUUUACCGAGCAUUGGAUUAUGGCCUCGAAGAGUCUGAGGAGAGGUCGCUCAGUGCGGAUCUGGAGGGUUUGAUCAUGAAGAUGACGGGAAAUGACGACGGUAAAAAUAGUGAUACGGAGUGUGACGAGGGCAUAGAGAAUGACCAGGAGGAGGAAAAGGGUGGCCUCACAUUUGAAGAUGUUCUCAAGGCAUGUACACACCAUGUGGCUGUUGCAUCAGAUGCGGCCAACCAUUACAAGGCAGUGUGUCGGGCGCUCGUCGCCGAGGCCCAAGAGCUUAUACAUUUCCUCGAAAAGAUAUCAACGCAAGAAAGCAAACUUCCUGGAGAUGAACUUGAUGGGAAUGAUCUCGAGGACUUGAAGAAGCUUGACUGGGCUCGACUUUGGAUGCAAGUCCUCCGACAAUUACGACACGGCGUACGGCUGAAGUCAGUGACCGGGUUUGGCUCGAAGGAUUGUGAGUUUGAGUUGACGCCAUAUGAAAUUCUGAUGGAGGAUAUACGAACGCGGAGAUACACAUUAAACAAAGUGAUGGUCAAUGGUGAUAUACCUCCAAAAGUAAAAGAAGAUGCCCACGCGAUGAUCCUUGACUUCAUACGAUCUAGACCCCCACUACACCCGAUGAAGGAGCGACAGUUGAAGUCCCCAGUGAAAGAAGCACCAAACCUACACGAACAACUUCUGGAUGCCAUCAAAUCAGCUGAACCAAAGAAACUCAGACCAGUUUGCGGGGGUGGUAAAUACGACGACAGUCGUCGUUUUUCUGCACCACCAGCAGUCGAUAAGCCGGGCAAAAGGACAAUAAAGGCCUUUAUAAAGACAAGAGUCGAGACGUCAAGAACAAAGUUAUUUGAAGAUGCGACAAGUCCGCAACCCACCCGAAAACUCAUCAAAGCCGAUAUGUCAUUAUUUCAAAGUUACAGUGACGAUGAUAUGUCAGCUGUGACGAGUGAUGAUGAAGAUGAUGACGAUGAUGGAGAGACCACCGAUUGUGCCGAUGAUGAUGAGGUGUUUGAGAAUCGUCAGAAAAUCGAGCCAGAGGAGUUUAACCCACCAACACCACUGGAUUCACCCACCAUGCCUUGGCAGAAACGACUUGCCCUGGACUUGACACUGCACAACACCGCCAGACCUCGGGUUGUCUCUGAGCGGCGCCACAGCAUAACGGUUUGCGAAUCACCUAUGUGUCCUCCCAAGGGCAAGGUACUGACACCCAGCCCAUGCAUGGCCAGCAGUAGCAGUAAGGACUCGACUCCCAAAAAUGACCCUGGCCGGCCUGUUGACCCGCAUGCAACCCCUUGGAGGCCCAAAGCAUCCCCGCUUGGCUCUCCUGCAUUUCCACUUGUUCAAGGAUAUGAGUUAAAUUUACAUAUUUCUGCUAUGGGGCUGAGCCCACUUGAUAUGACGAAGCUUAACGAUCCAAUGAAGUGUCUCUCAUUGACGGUGGAGGAGGUGAUGCAUAUCAGGAACGUCCUCACCAAGGCGGAGCUCGAGUGUCUCUUAGUCAAUCAGGAGUUAUAUAAAUUAGUCAGUAAAGGCAAGAUUUGCUUCACGUGUAAGAAGACGAAGUUUUCAAUAUUUGGAGAAUGGAGUACAAAGUGUAAAUUCUGUAAGCGGGCUGUCUGUUCAAAGUGUGCUCGCAAGAUGAGAAUUCCAACAGAACACUUUGAGAACAUCCCUGUGUAUACCCUGAGCCCAAGUCCGCUCUCUCCAACAAGUGAAACUGCCAUACUUGCCUAUGAAGGGACUGGUUCGGCUCCUGGGUCACCUGCCAUGAUGCCUGGCAAGAUCAUCACAAGUAUAACAAAGCCUGCCGUCGAACGACGAUCACAAUUUCAGCGGGCGGCAACGAUGGCACCGAAUGAAAAACCGCCAUCGCCCACGUCGUUACAAGGCCCACAAAUGACUAUAUGCCGAGACUGUAAAGUGAUGAUAGUGAAUAUCAUCCGGGCUAGUCGGACGUCGUUAAUGAAAGCACGAGCGGAAAAGAAGAAAAUCGACCGAGACACGGAGCAGGAAACAUCACCGAAUAACAACAAAGCAAAACGCGACUUCCACUUAAACCUAAAGCCAGUUUAUAAAUGAAUUGGAUAAAUGAAAAGUUUGAAUGUUUAGGAUAUUAUGCGAGGAGCCAUAGCUUCUUCAAAGAGGAGGAGUACUGCUGAAACUACUGCCGGCCGUCAAUAAUGACCAUCAGGAAUCCUAUUGGCCUUUUCGCAGUUUAGAGCUACAGUCAUUAUUAGCCAAUUGAAAGACACCUUUCAUGCUUGUUUGGUGCUGAGGGCUUUGUCAUCAUUUAGCAGAGGACUUCUGAUUAACCUAUGGGAAAAAAAGGAAAUCCAAGCUUUAGGAACUCGGUGAAUGUUGUAAAGACAGUUGUGUACAUUUUCUGAUGUAUCCUUGAAUUGGCCUCGAUGCAGGAAUAAUCAAAUUAUCCGUGAGUGAUGGCCAGCAGAGACUGUCUGUGGUACUCUUCCUCUCAACUCAGAUUUAUAUACAAAGAGAUUUAAAUUAUUAAGCCAUACAAUUUAAUUGUUUUCUUUGACUUGUAUUACAUUGUAUAAUUGACAGAUCGUAAUCUUGGGCAAGUCGCUUGACUUUGAUUGAUUCCCAGUUUUGUCAUUUGGCCCAGGUUUAUCUUUCCAUUAAUAUACAUCGGUGUAGUAUCAAUAUGCAGUGUAUAAUUCUUGCAAAUGUUUUUAUGCAGUUUUGUCUUGUUUUGUUGGUGAGAAAUGACGUCAUGUUAUCAUAGUUCCAUUAAAUGAAACCGAGUCUGUAGGAAAACAAUAAGCCCAUCUAGGCUGUGUUACGGGAAGAUCAAAUCACUAGACAGGUUGACUUGUGUUGGUGGACAACCUCUGAUAAUCUGUUAGACCAUUUGCCAAGCAGGUUGAACGAUAUUUUCCCUGACAACACAGAUUUCCACUACCGGGCGUUUGCAAAGAAUGUGGUGUAAUUGCCAAAACCGUUCUCUUCACUACCAGUGAUGGUCUGUUACUCUGGUUAUAUUUAAUCAGCUCACUAAUUUAUCAUUUAUUUGAAUCAAAACCAAUAUUCUUUGCAAUAUUCCAGCGGUUGUGAUGGGAUGUUGUGCAAUUUGUUAUUUAGCUAUUAAAUUAUUCAUUCUUUUUCCCGUGGACAAAAUAUUUACCCUAGAUGGAAGAUUCUCCGGUGUGACAGCCAUGACAAAAUUUUACAGAUAUUUAUAAUGGUGUAUGAUCCUAUUAACCACAUCAUUGCCAAACUCCACAUCAUUGCCAAACUCCACAUCCCAAAAUUAAGUCGGUUCUAAGUAACUAGCCAGAUAGAUUAGCUUUGUCAAGCUUGUAUUUAACGAGGAGUUGAUUCUAAAGUGUCUUGUUUUUCCGUGGUGUAUAUCUAAUUUGUUGUCAGUGUUGAAAAUGUUAUCAAAUUCUCUUAUUAUAACAGUAUAAGCAUUGUUAUUGUAAAUGUGGGAGAUAUUUAUCUUUUUUACAUCAAACACCUUAAGGAGAUCAGGGCUCGGUACAUCUCCAAUUUCCUUUCCCAGGACAGGCAAGCUCAGCAAACUAGAAGGCCUGAUAAGAUGCUCGGCAAUGUGGGGAAUUCAUUCUCCAGGGUGAUGUCAGUGCAUUGCCACUCUAGCUGUUCUUGUGUGGUGCUGUACAUUGUAGGGAAAAAAUGGUAUGAGCUCCUGAUCUCCUUGGGGUGAUGUCAAACUGUGGCAAUAAAUUAUCAUGAUAAUGUAUCGAACCAUCAAAGUGGAUAUUAGACAUUUGGGCAUUUGCUAGACGCUGUGGUCACUCAGUUAAGUGAUUCGGCAAUUGAAACAUUAGCUAAGCCAUUUGACUUGGGAUUUAACAGCUUAAUGUCCCCUGGCUCACUGAACUGUGUAGACACAGUAUACAGGUCAGUACAGUUUGAGCGGUUCCUAACUCAGCACAAAUCCAUAUGGAAAUGUAUAAACAUUUGUAAUCAAUAAAAUUAUGAUGUUCAUCACUGUACAUAUUACACAUGCAACCCCUCAAAUGAAAUACAUUACUGUACAUAUUCAUGUACAUUUACAUGUACUACUUAUACAUUGCAUACUAUCGCAGGUAAAUUUGCCACUUUUAGUGUUUCAUCUUGAACUUUCUUGAAGUUAUGCACCACUUCACUGUGUUGUUUAGAAGACUUUUACAAGUCUUAUUUGUAACGCAUUCUGUUGCUGUAUUCACCUUAGUCAUAAUAGUAUUGCUAGAGGCUGUAUGGCUUUCUGGUAUGUAAGUUAAAGUGGCACAAUCAUAGCCUCGGUACAAUUUCAGCCCUGGUAGUGACAAUAAAUCACUCCGAGAUGGAAAUUCAAAGUCACAAGAGAUAUUGAAUGUUAUAACUUCAAAGUGUAAAGGAUGUGAUGGUUGAGACAUCAGUUCUUGGAUGAAAACAUCGGGGGGAAUGUGUACUAUGAUGCCUUAUAAAAAUUUGUGUAACUUUGAUCUUUUGAAAUACUCCUCACUGAUCUAAAGCAGGAUCAGGUUGUUACUUAGAUUGUGUGUGAUAGAUGUUUAUGUAUAUAUCGUUAUCAUCAUCUUCAGUAACUGUGAUUACAUUAAAGUGGAUAUUUGAAGCAAAAUAAGGUGACCAUGUUAAGUGAUGCAAAAAUGGCAAAGUCGGAAUUUUUUUCUGAAGUGUUUUCUUGGUAAAGUUGUUUAGCUUUAAAUCAAAGACCUUUUUUCUGUGGAAUGGUUUCCUUGUCCAAGAAUCAUGUGAUUUUCAAACCUUUCUUGCAUCCAUUGUGAGGUUACAGUUUCCAGGGCAGAUUAUUUAUGUCGAUAGUGCAAGAUUUAAAAGUUGUCAAAAGUUAACAUUAGCAAAAACCUGUUAUGGGACAGUUUGACUUCAUCGAGGCGUGCUGGAACUUAUUAUUUGUAUGUUUUUGUAAAUUCGAGGAUGAAGAAAGAAAGUGGAAGUGAA